ACUACGGUGCUUUCUACUACAAAGGCAAUGUCUACAGUUAUUUUGUUAUUUCCCGCCUGUUUAUGUUUACUUUGUCAUUUUUUCAAAACUCUCUUCCACGUCAUCAUAAUUGCCACGUUACCCAUUACACCUCAUCCCUUCAUCUGUCUCUUCUUUUUUUUUUUUUCCUUUCGGGCUGAGCCACUUCUUGCUCUGCAACUCAAGAGUCUUGAAAAUGAAGGAACACAAAUACUUACUUUCUCUCUCCCAUAAUGAAGUUUGUUUUCCUUUCUUGGCUUCGUUCUCAGUAGGAUCGCUUUAAAGCGUCUCAGCGACUAUUUCUUUCUUUAUUUAUUUAUUUAUUAUUAUUUUUUUUAUAUUUCUCUUGCGAGAAAAAAAAAAUUAGCAAAGGACUCUUUCUACUUCUUCUGCUUCUUUGCUUUGUCUUUGGGAGCAUGUGAGGACUGACUAGUCAGAUUCUCAUUCUUCGUCUUCUUGUUCUUACUCUUUCCUUAUUCUCUCCGGAGAGUAGGAUCCAUCGCCAUCGGUCGGUGGUGGUAAAAGGAAUGGCAGCUUCUUCGUCGAGGGGGAGAAGCAGUUCACCUUUCAGUCACCGUAAACCGUCGACUUCUUACCCUUCCUCGUCAUCGUCUUCAUCGCUUCUUAACGGCAGAUUCAUUCCUCGUUCUUGCUCGCCUUCUCCUUCUUCACUUUAUAGUUCUGGUAGUGGAUUCACCACUCGAUCCAUGACUCCCAGUCGCGGCCCCAGCGAUUCAAUGUACCAUAGUUCCUUAGGCUAUGGCAGCCGUACUCCUGUUGGUUAUGCUUCCACGGAUGAGCUCAUUGGAGAGCCGGUUGAUACAUCGAGAUCGGGAGAUAGCAUUUCUGUUACGGUUCGAUUUAGGCCGAUGAGUGAACGAGAAUUUCAGCGGGGAGAUGAGAUCGCGUGGUAUGCGGAUGGGGAUAAAAUCGUCCGCAGCGAGUAUAAUCCGGCAUCGGCCUAUGCAUUUGAUAGAGUUUUCGGGCCUGAUACAACUUCCCAGCAAGUCUAUGAUGUAGCUGCUCGACCCGUAGUCAAGGCUGCGAUGGAAGGUGUCAAUGGGACGGUUUUCGCCUAUGGUGUUACUAGCAGUGGGAAGACACACACUAUGCAUGGAGAUCAGAAUGCUCCAGGAGUUAUUCCAUUGGCCAUCAAGGAUGUGUUCAGCAUAAUCCAAGAUACUCCAGGAAGAGAGUUCUUGCUUCGUCUUUCAUAUCUUGAAAUUUAUAAUGAGGUGAUAAAUGACUUGCUUGACCCUACAGGACAAAAUCUGCGUGUUAGAGAAGAUGCUCAGGGAACCUAUGUUGAGGGUAUAAAGGAGGAGGUUGUUUUAUCCCCUGGGCAUGCUCUUUCUUUUAUCGCUGCUGGAGAAGAGCAUCGUCAUGUUGGUUCAAAUAAUUUCAACUUGUUGAGUAGCCGAAGUCACACCAUAUUUGCACUGAUGAUUGAAAGUAGUGCUCAUGAUGACGAAUAUGAUGGAGUGAUAUUCUCUCAACUGAAUUUGAUUGAUUUAGCUGGAUCUGAGAGUUCAAAGACUGAAACAACUGGACUAAGGAGAAAGGAAGGAUCUUACAUAAACAAAAGCCUUCUUACUCUUGGAACUGUAAUUGGAAAACUGAGCGAGGGGAAAGCAUCUCAUGUUCCAUAUCGUGAUUCUAAGCUUACCCGCCUUCUACAAUCUUCAUUGAGUGGGCAUGGGCAUGUCUCGCUCAUAUGCACAGUUACUCCUGCAUCAAGCAGCAUGGAGGAGACUCACAAUACAUUGAAAUUUGCAAGCAGGGCAAAGAGAGUAGAAAUCUAUGCUUCACGCAAUAAGAUCAUUGAUGAGAAGUCAUUGAUUAAAAAGUACCAAAGAGAAAUUUCAAGUCUCAAAGAAGAACUUGAUCACCUAAAGAAGGGGGUGCUUGCUGGUGUUAGUCAUGAGGAGAUCAUUAGCUUGAAGCAACAGUUGGAACAGGGCCAAGUCAAAAUGCAGUCAAGAUUAGAGGAAGAAGAGGAAGCAAAGGCAGCAUUGAUGAGUAGAAUUCAGAGGCUAACCAAGCUAAUCCUUGUUUCUACAAAGAAUACAAUUCCUGGAUAUGUAGGUGAUGUACCUAGUCAUCAACGGCACCAUUCUGUUGAAGAGGAUAAAUUGGACCUUUUGCGUGAGGGUUCUCAGUUGCUUGUUGAAGGUCAGAAUCAGAGAGAUUCUCCAUCUUCCACUAUUUUAGCUCCACCAGACACCCCCAAUGGUCUUAAACACAAAAGAUCGUCAAGCAAGUGGAAUGAAGAACUGUCACCAAUUAACAAUUCCAUCACAGAAUCAGCUCAAGUGGGUGAACUUAUCAGUGGGACUGCGAGCAGUUCAAGACUGCAACCAGAUGGGAUGACGAUGGCAGAUCGGAUGGAUCUCCUUGUUGAACAGGUUAAGAUGCUUGCUGGAGAGAUUGCUUUUAGCACCAGUACCCUUAAGCGCUUAGUGGAGCAGUCUGCCAAUGAUCCUGAUGCCUCAAAAACUCAAAUGCAGAUUCAGAACUUGGAACGUGAAAUACAAGAGAAAAAGAUGCAAAUGAGGGUUUUAGAGCGGCGGAUUACUGAGAGUGGUGAGGGUUCGAUAUCUAAUGCAUCAUUGGUUGAUAUGCAGCAGACUUUGAUGAAACUGAUGACACAGUGCAAUGAGAAGAGUUUUGAGCUAGAGAUAAAGUCAGCAGACAAUCGUGUCCUUCAGGAACAGCUACAAGAUAAGUGUUCAGAGAACAAGGAAUUGCAAGAGAAAGUAGAACUCCUGCAGCAGCAGUUGGCUUCAGUCAUUGGCGAUAAAUCCUCACUAUCCUCUGAGCAAUGCAUCUCCGAAGAGUACAAGGAGGAGUUGAAAAGGAAAAUCCAGUCUCAGGAGAUUGAGAAUGAGAAAUUAAAGCUGGAACAUGUUCAGCUUAUGGAGGAGAACAGUGGAUUGCGUGUACAGAAUCAAAAGCUGGCAGAGGAAGCUUCUUAUGCGAAGGAACUGGCGUCUGCUGCUGCUGUUGAACUGAAAAAUUUGGCAGGUGAAGUCACCAAGCUUUCCUUGCAGAAUGCAAGACAAGCAAAAGAACUGCAGGCUGCUCAAGAAAUGGUAUAUUCUAGAGGUGCUGGAGCGCCAACUGGUAAUGGUGCUAGCCGCAAGCAUUCUGAUAGCAAGACUGAUGGCAUUAAGCAUGGGAGAAAGGGUCGUUUCUCUAGUAGGUCUAAUGAAUUUUCUGGGACAGUAUAUGAUGAUGCGGAGUUCUGGAGUCUUGAUCCAAAUGAUAUUAAAAUGGAGUUGCAGGCAAGAAAACAAAAAGAGGCUGCUCUUGAGGCUGCCUUAGCAGAAAAGGAACUUGCAGAAGAAGAAUACCGGAAGAAAGUUGAGGAGGCAAAGAAAAGGGAGACUGCUUUGGAAAAUGAUCUAGCUAGCAUGUGGGUUCUUGUUGCAAAGUUGAAGAAAGAUGGGGGAACUGUCAUGGAGCGGAGUGUCUGUGAGAGAUCCAAUAAUGGAACCAAUGUUGCUAGUGAUCCAAAAAUAAAUGGUGAUGAGAACAAAGAGAUCAACCCAAAAGAUCCCCUACUUUCAGAUGGUCCUGAGCUAGAACCUCUUGUUGUUUCCCUUAAGGCUCGGAUGCAAGAGAUGAAAGACAAAGAGCUAGAGACAUUGGGAAAUGGGGAUGUAAACUCACAUGUGUGUAAAGUAUGCUUUGAGGCAGUGACUGCAGCAAUGCUUCUUCCCUGCCGGCACUUCUGCUUAUGCAAGCCUUGUUCGUUUGCUUGCUCUGAGUGUCCGAUUUGUCGCACAAAGAUAGAAGAUAGGAUCAUUGCAUUCACUUCAUGACAAUUCAUUAUACGUCCCAAGUGAAGGGGACGCCAUUCAACUACUUGUCAUUUUUCUGUAAUAUUGACUGCAAUUCUUUUAUUAGUUGGCCUGUAUGUAAGUUUUCUAAAAGGUGCAAGUAUAUCCAUAUUGUCUCCAUCUUCCGAAGGGCUGUAAAAAAAGAUAGAAAGGGAGAGAGAGAGAGAGAGAGAGAGAGAGAGAGAGAGAGAGAGAGAGAGAGAAAGUCCUCUCAGCAUAGAAUCUCUUGUAUGUCCUUUUGGCUUCCUAUAACAUGUAUAGAAGGGUGAUGAAAGCUUAAAUGACAAAAUAUAUGUUUGUAAGUUGCUGCCUUUGUUAUUUCUUUGUAUGUAGUAAGCCAUGACAUUUGUUUAGGCUGUGUUUGAAAAUCCGUUGAAAAUUAGUAAUUGGUUUUUUAGUA